GGCUGGCCCGCCCAGGCACUUGUUGCAGGGGAGGACGGACUGGUCCGGCGGAGUUUCCUCGGCCGCCUCUCUGGCACUGCGCGGAGUCCCCCGAGGAAAAAGCCAAGAGAGACCAAGCUGGUUGAUGCCCUCAAGCUGCCAUGAAGACCUUGCUUCGAUGCUUCUGGAGCCUGCGGCCGCCUCCUUGCACUCUCUUUCGCCAAGCCAAGAGACACCUGGCCUCUCCGAUCAUCUCGCAUUACGAAGCUAUAAACCAUGGUGAACUGGAUGUGCCUGAGUACUUUAAUUUUGCCAGGGAUGUCCUGGACAGGUGGACCCAGGAGGAAAAGGAUGGAAAGAGGCCUCCGAACCCGGCCUUCUGGUGGGUGGACGACCAGAGCAAAGAGGUGAAGUGGAGCUUUGAGGAGCUGGGAGUCUUAUCCCGGAAAGCUGCCAACAUGCUGGCCGAUCCCUGCGGCUUGCAGAAGGGCGACAGGGUCAUGGUGGUUCUUCCAAAGCUUCCCGAAUGGUGGCUGAUGAAUGUGGCUUGUAUCCGGACAGGCAUUGUUUUCAUCCCAGGGACGCCCCUGUUAACUUCCAAAGACAUCUCCUACAGGCUCCAGGCUUCCAAAGCCAAAUGCAUCGUGGUCAGCGACACCUUGGCCCCUGCAGUGGACUCAGUCCUGUCUGAAUGCAAGUCUCUGAAAACCAAGCUUCUUGUGUCCGACAGCAGCAGAGAUGGCUGGCUGAACUUCAGGGAUCUCAUCCAAGCUGCGCCUGCCGACCAUGACUGCACAAAGACCAAGAGCGAGGACACAAUGGCCAUUUACUUUACAAGCGGAACCACGGGAGCUCCCAAAAUGGUGGAACAUUCCUACUGCUUCCAUGGCAUUGGAUUGAUAUCUGCCGCCAGGCGCUGCAUGGGUUUGUCUCCUUCGGCUAUAUUCUGGAAUACGUCGGACCCAGGAUGGGUUAAGACGACCUGGAGUGGUGUUUUUGGUCCAUGGAUCAAUGGGUCGUGCGUCUUUGUACAUCACCUGCCGCAAUUCGAACCCGCCAUCGUACUGAACACUCUUGCCCGAUACCCAAUCACCACUUUCUGCACAGCUCCUACAGGAUUCCGUAUGUUGGUGCAGCAGGAUCUUGCCAGCUACAAAUUCCCAAGCCUGGAGCAUUGUGUAACAGGAGGGGAACCGCUCAAUGCAGAGGUGUUGCAGCGAUGGAAAACCCACACAGGGGUGGAUAUCUAUGAAGGCUAUGGACAAACAGAAACAGUAGCCAUCUGUACGAAUGUUAAAGGGAUGAAAAUCAAACCGGGCUCCAUGGGAGUGGCGUCUCCACCGUAUGAUGUCCAGAUUGUGGAUGAUGAAGGCAAAAUUCAGCCUCCGGGGGUAGAAGGGGACAUUGCUAUCAGAAUCAAGCCAAAGCGACCAUUUUGCCUUUUCUCACGGUACUUAGAUAACCCUGAGAAAACCGCAGCCACCGAGCGUGGUGAUUUUUAUGUCACUGGAGACAGAGGGAUUAAAGAUGAAGAAGGCUAUUUCUGGUUUGUCGGAAGAUCAGACGAUCUGAUUAAUUCUGCCGGGUAUCGUAUCGGCCCGUUUGAAGUGGAGAGUGCCUUGAUAGAGCACCCAGCUGUGGUGGAAUCGGCUGUGGUCAGCAGCCCAGAUCCCGUGAGAGGAGAGGUGGUGAAAGCCUUUGUCAUCCUGUCUUCUGCCUUUAUAUCGCACGAUCCAGAAAAAUUAAUCAAGGAGCUCCAGGAUCACGUGAAAAAGGUGACUGCUCCUUACAAGUAUCCUAGAAAGGUUGAGUUUGUCCGGGAGUUGCCCAAGACGGCAGCAGGGAAAAUCCGAAGGAAUGUAUUAAGGAACCAAGAAUGGGGAAGAGUGUAGCUUUGGCUGAACGUCUGCAAACGAAGAACCUUCCUGCAGUACUGCUGUUUGUCGGCAAAGAGGUUCAUUCAAAAAAAUGUACUCUCCCUUAAGGUUGCUUCUAAAAGUCUCAUCUGAUUUCCCCCCUCACCUGAAAUGUUGGACUUGCAGUUUCCCUUCUGUCCAAAGUGAAACCAGGAUGCGUCAGGAACCCUCAACCAUUCUGUCCCCUUUUUUUAAAAAAUGAGAUUGGGGAACCUGUAGCUCUUCAGGUGAUGAUCAACUUCCAUUGGUCCCAAACAACAACAACAACAAUUUUAUUAUUUGUACUCCACCCAUCUGAUUGGGUUGCCCCAGCCACUCAGGGCAGCUUCCAACAUCUGUCAAAACAUAGUAAGACAUCACACAUUAAAAGGCUUCCCAAUACAGGGCUACCUUCAGCAGUCUUCUAAAGUUAUAUAGGUACUCAUCUUCUUGACAUCUGACGGGAGGGCGUUCCACAGGGUGGGUGCCACUACUGAGAAAGCCCUCUGCCUGGUUCCCUGUAGCUUCACUUGCAGU